ACGUGGUCUGAGCUAGUCCCGGCGGGCGUAAUUGUGAACUACACGCGGGCAAAAAUGGUACGGUUCCUCGACCUGUCUUGAAGAAAUUUUAAUGACAAUUUCCCUCAGAAAAUGCUAAUUGGAGUUUAUUGAUUUUCCCAAAAAUAGCCCCCUGCGAUGGGAGAUUGCCAAUUGAAUUACCCCCCCGGUGAAGACAGAUUUUGCAAGUACGCGUAUUCGAGUUGGUGCCCCACUUGCGAGCGCAGCUCCCCGAGGCGGCGCUCCCGCAGCGAGACCACCGAAUGCCGGCGAAAGUGCAAGGAAAUGAAGAGUUUGUCGCCGAAAAAGUACGCCAGGAGCCGCGAGUACGAGAACAUGGACUUGGAAUUGAACAAUUACAACUGGUAUGAGCCCCCUCGCGAUUACAAAAUCCGGUCAAGCCAGCUGUGCGAAUUGCCAACCUCUUAUAUAUCGAACAAUUGCCAAACGUCAAAAUUACCACCACCAGAAGGCGUCAGAAAUUACGAGCCCGCCCUCAAAAUGAAACAAGAAGACUUUUACGACGCCUUCAAGUACGAGAAACCGAAACACCACCUCAACGGCUUCGCCAAAAAGCCCCCCAGGAGUCCGUACACCGUCUACGACAAUCAGCUCAGUUUCGACACCAGCACCUAUUUUGAUAAAAUCCGCGAUGCCUCAAACUUGCACGAGCGCUACAUUAAGGAGAUCGAGUCGGUGCGGGAGCGCAUUGCCCUGUGGAAGACGGGCAAGAAGCUGGAAAUCGAAGCCAAAAACCAAAAAUUUGUGCCGGUGCACGGCAGCAAGUUGGAGCAGAAAUAUGCAAAGGAGCUGCAAGCUGUGAAGGAGAGACUUGCGUCCAAAAAUGCCAAAAAGUCGGACGUUGACGAUAUUAUUACGAUAAAUCAGAGCGAGAUUGGCCCAAGGCCCAGGAAAAUUGCCAUCAAGACGAAGAAAAUCAAUCUGGGGAAAAUGAAGAAGGUGCGCCUGCCUUCCAGCAAGAUAAACACACCCAUCGCCGAAUUCACGGAAAGCGACUACAGCGGUUCUGACGAAAGCGAAGCCGAAGAAGUGCUAAACGCCGACGACGAAUCGGAAAGUCUCAGUGAGGCCACGUGCAAUGGCGCCGAACCCGAAAUCAUCCCACCACAAAUACCAGAAGGUGGGGACGCCUCGGGGUGGCCCCUCCGCCCGAGCCUCUUCCCCCACAUCCCCCCAUACAUCCGCUUCAGCACCCACGACUCCGACAGCCCCAUUGAGGUCCCGGCAGGUCGGCGUUUGUUCAAGUGGAAAUUAAGCACAAUAACGCCGGUUGUGGUUCGCAAAACUUUAACAAACUCGGGCUUUGCGUUGGUCAGAAGUGAGUUCAGUCGAGAGUCCAAUCAAUGGUUGGGUACGUGGGGCAAACACAUGAAAUCACCAAUGUUUAAGACGUUAAAAGAGACGCAAAAAUUGAAUCAUUUCCCUGGAACGUUUCAAUUGGGGCGUAAAGACCGGCUGUGGCGCAAUUUCCAAAGACUUAUCAAUAAAUUCGGAUACAAAGAAUUUGGGUUCAUUCCUCAAACGUAUGUUCUACCUCACGAAUUGAAAAUACUCAAGCAGAAUUGGGAGUAUAAGAACGGCAGUGGAGACGCGUGGAUUGUUAAACCGCCGGCUUCAGCUCGCGGUGCCGGCAUCAAAGUGAUAAACAAGUGGUCCCAACUCCCCAAAAAAAUGUCCCUAGUUGUGCAAAAAUACAUUUCGAAUCCGUACCUGAUAAACGGGAGCAAGUUUGAUCUCAGAUUGUACGUCCUGGUCACUAGUUUCAAUCCAUUGCGCAUUUACCUGUAUCCAGACGGCUUGGCGAGAUUUGCAAGUGCCAAAUAUAGUUCCGACUCCAAGGACUUGAAAGACCGUUUUGUGCAUUUAACCAAUUACAGUAUCAAUAAAUUGUCGAGUCAGUACACAGCCAAUGAGGACGCUAACGCGUGUCAAGGCCACAAAUGGACGAUAACGAAACUACUCGAAUACAUGUCGAGGCAAGGUGUCGACACGAAAGCCCUCUGGCGCAAUUUACAACAACUCGUCAUCAAGACAAUCAUUACGGGGGAAGCCCCCAUCCACCAAUUGUGCGAAGAAAACAUGCUCAGUCGGUACAAUUGCUACGAAUUGUUCGGGGUCGAUGUCCUACUCGAUGAAAAUCUCAAAGCUUGGCUACUGGAAGUGAACAUUUCGCCCAGUUUGCAUUCAGCCAGCCCGCUAGAUGCACAUGUUAAGGGCCCCCUUGUCCAAACCUUAUUUGAUCUCGCACAGUUCCAUUUUCCGCCAAGGUUGUCUCAAACCGUCCGUCACAGCCCCCAAUGUUUCGACCCCAAAUUGUACACAACUUCGCUCACGAAAAAAGAGCGGGAAAAGCACACACUUUUCGAACAGUAUGAGUCACGACACGACUACCUCGACGAUAUUUUGGCCGAAUUGACUGGCGAUGAUGUGCGAAAGUUGACGCAAGCCGAAGACGAGUGGUGUGUUAAGGGGCGUUUCGAGAGGAUUUUCCCCACCUCGCAGACGCACAAGUAUUUGAAUUUCAUGGAAGUUCGGUAUUAUAAUCGGCUGUUUGAUGCGUGGGAGUGCCGAUUUGAGAGGAACAGGCAGGAAGGGAUUAACUUAUUGAAGGCGUUAUGCGCCGAAAAAGUGCACUUAAAAGUGGCGCCGCAGAGUACGCUACACAAGGCGAGACAUUUCGUACUGGCAACACUGCAAAGCGUUUGUUCACAAUGUCGCAGUAAGUCGGGACGUGGUGUUGUUUGUGUGUCUACACUAAUGGCAUAUGAAUUUUUUUCUAUCGUCUAGUUCUAAUUCCCGCAGGAUUUUAGUCAUAGCAGAUAGACACGGGUUUCUAGUCACAGAUGGCCAACUUAAAAAGCUCGGUUGAGUUAAUUUCCGUCCAGAUGGCGCGAAUUUUAAUUCUUGUGUCGAAACGUGUGCCCUUUUGAAAAAAUUGGAGAACGGUGGACAGGUGUGGGAAAGUGGAUAUUUUUUUCUAAGGAGUCGGCCGUCUGUAUGUCUGUGUAGUUGGGAUUUUAGAAGAAACUGGGCAUUUAUUGAAAGCAAUUAAACAUUUAUUACGUUUUAUAAAUAAAUGCCCAGUUGGGCAAAUAGUUGCACGACUUAGUUAGGGUCCCACAGUUGGUUGGGCCAAUCUGACAGCUUGUAAUUCCCCAGAAUUCGCUGAGUACGAGCCAUGGGUGUGCGAGUCUGCAGCCGUCGAGGGAAGGCCAGAGUCGGCCUCUUGCAGAAAUCCUGCAAGAGGUCACAAUCGAAAGCUCUAGCUGUAAUUAACUGUAUAAGUGAGUUGUUUGUUGCGGUUUUUCCCGUUCUAAUCAAGUGGCGGUUUCAGAUGGAAUUCUAGAAGUGUGUUUCUUUUGUUACGAAUGAGGACAAACACCAGCAUUUAAACUGCCAAAUUUGUACGUUGUUUUAAUUCCUUGUUAAAUUAUUGUAGCGAGAUAUUCCAUUUACAUUUGCAUUUACAGCAAAGUGUUUUUUAAUUGAUUUUUAUUAGUGUAUUGAGUCUGAUGAAUAAAAUAUUUCUUU